AUGGAGGCAGUCGGAGCUGCAUCAGCAAUUUGUGGAAUUGCAACAACUGGAAUUCAAUGCUCUAUCAAGCUCAUAACUGUUGCUGGCCUGGUCAAGUCUGCGCAAGAUGAAAUUACAGACAUUGCAAAAGAUGUCUUGGUGAAUGCUAGUAUUUUACAGCAAUUGGGCCAGCUCGCAAAGGAUAGAAUAUCGCACGAACAAACUGCGCUGUACACCAAUGGCAACAAUGACAAAUCGAAGAUACCAGAUUCAGCCACUAGAGGCGAUGCCGAAAGGAGCACUGAAACCCAACAUGGAAUGUUCAAUGCAGCUGGUCUAGCAGUAGUCCUGAAGCUAGCUACAGAAUGCAAUGAUAUUUUCAGCAGGUUGAAUGAAGCCUUACGAAAGACUAGUAAAGCACUGAGCGCGAAUACUGACGGUCAAACACGGAUCAAAGCGACUCAGGCGGGAAUGGUACACUGGCCACUUACCAAGCCGCAAAUAGAUGGCAUGCAGGCUCGACUGAGAGAUGCCAAAGGGACACUGAUGCUCAUGCUCCAGGUUGCUAUGCUACGUUAUUCAGAAACGCCGAUGGAGAGGAAUAUAUCUGGGGCAAUACUAAGCCCGUAUUCAGAAGAAGAGCAGAACUUAUUGAAGAGUUCUAUCGUGGCCGCUAAGAAAGCUCGGCAAUAUAUCUCAAACGAACGAGGCCCUUCGUGUACUCAGGAUGUGUCUGCUUGGGCAACAGAGAAGACACCAUCGGGGAAUAGAAUACAACUCGGGAGCAUGGACCAGAGAAGUGAGAGAGCACGACAAAACAACACCCUAGUGCAGAAUACUCAGCCAGAACAGGUGGGCGUACAUCGGACGUUCAACUCACGAACCAGGCGAUUUUCCGGAACGGAGAAGAAGAAACACCCGCACUGCAAUAUGUUGAACAUGCCGAGCAUUACUGAUGACAAUAUCAUACACCAAGGCGCAUCGACAACCAACAAUCGGUCUGAGCAAUAUUAUACUAACACCAAUAGACCCUCAAUAUCACCCACCAAUGAACCAUUGAUGACCCCACUCAGUGUAUAUUUGGCUUCCCCUAAACUACAAAUUGCUUAUGGGAAAGUUCAUGUCGAGUACCAAACUCGCCUGCUAAGAAUCUCACGCACAGAGAUUGACUCCCAGAUACAGCAGUGGAGAGAUUCUUCCCACAGGACCGUGCUUGAUCAGCUCCAUGCUCUAACAGCCAAUGAACAACAGGCACUGGAUGCGAUCAAUUGCGGCCAUAAUUCUAAAAACCUGUUGGCAGCUGGCACACUUGAGUGGAUACAAUUUGGCGAGUACUUACCCGUCAAUGGUGUGGAGCAUAUCAUGGCGAGAAGCAUGACCAUUAUCAUCAGUUCCAAAGACCAGUCCUCAACAGAGAAAGAAAAGCCAGAGCCAAUCCGGGGAGAUGAGGAUACACGGUAUGGGAAGGAAUCUACCACCUGGGUGAAAGUUCAUCGCAGCCACAUUGUGCCAGACACGCUUAUUGCCUAUCGUUUACCCUUUGAGUUCGACGAGGAGGAUCCCGGAUAUGUGAUUAUCAAGCAGUGGAUUCCAGAAGACCUUCAAGAGGAAUUAUUUGCCCACACCCGGAAUUUACGAAACGGAAGAUUUAUUGAACGUAAAGUCUCAACUUCAACUAAGCUAAAGGUUGAUGAUAGGGAGAGAGAUCAAAGGUUCGGAUCCCGAUUUCUAUCACGGCUCAAAAGGGGGUUGGAAGUGGCGGGUCUCUACCGGCUCUACCGGAGGCGGAUUGAUGAGGAAGACUCACAGUCCGACACGAGCACCUCUCCAGAAAGGGUAGAGGGAGAGGCCAAUUUUGAUAGUAUCUCGCAUAUUGCACGAGACGAUAGUCGAAUCUCUGUACUCGGUUCUCGUGUCUUCGAGGAACAUCGUAGCAGUUUCCCCCAGACUCAGAAUGGAGUGGGAAACUGCGGUUCGAUAAAAGAUCACGAGUCUAGUGCAGUCCCAUUAAAAUUCUUAUUAAAUGAUGGAGGCAAAGUGAGCCAAGAGGAUGUGGAAGGAAUUGUGGGUGAUCUUUUGUACAAGUAUACUGCUGCAUGA